GACACAGACUUCUAAAAUGGCUAAUUGAUCUGUAGAUCAUCUCUAUACCAACUUAUAUCAACUGGUGAACUUGUUUCUAAAUUCACUACAAUAGCAGCAUGUUACAGAAUAAAGUGAUUACACUGUGACUUAACUAAAAUAAAACGCUUCAAAGGAAAAUACUUAUAACGGUUCUUUUAACUCAAUUUACACAAAGGUGCAGUGAAGAAAUGAAACCAACCAUCAUAUGCUCCCUAACCAUCUACAAAGAAAACUAGAAAUAAGACCAACAUCACUAUGUCAUCUGCCAUUAGUUUUAUUAAUACAACUGAUCCAGAAUACAUUAUGAAUUUCACUGAGAAUAGCACAAUGGACAACCUAUCUACCACAUUAGCCCCUCUUGCCACUGCAAAGACUCACCCAAUUGUGGCAUUAGUAGUGUACACUUACCUGGGGCCUAUAAUUUGUGCCAUGGGAAUGCUGUUCAACAUUAUAAACUUUGCUGUCCUGAUGCAGCAUCAGUUGAAGGAGUCACCCUAUACAUACCUUACCGGACUGGCCAUGGUGGACUUUUCUGCACUGACACUUUCCUUCAUCUACAUGGUCAUCUCCCACAAGGCACCUGGGGUGCAAUUCUGGAGAUAUUUUGAUGCUUACAUUUUCCUACCAUUUGUCAAUGUAUGUACGACGUCUAGCGUGUGGAUAAUUGUCCUACUGACAAUAGAGAGGUUCCUAUUUGUCAUGCAUCCACUGUGGGCUAAAGCAAAAUGUGACCGAGCCAGUGCGAAAGUCAAGAACCUCAUCAUAGUGGCAGUGGCACUGGUUACCAACAUCCCGAGAUUUUUGGUUUUCCAAGUCGUUGAGGACCCUCCAGGAUUCUGGAAGUUGAAGCAUACAGCUUUUCGCAAGAGUGACUUCUUCUUGGGCACUAACUGGUUUUACAGUGGCAGUGUUCAGAUUACCCCCCUUUUCAUUCUCCUGUUUGCCAACACCUAUCUUGUAUUUGCUGUUAUGAGAGCUCGCAAGCAAAGAGAACAACUUCAAAUUCGCAACAACAAAGAGGCAACCUGGCAUCGAGAUCAAAUUCGUCUUACCAUCACGCUGAUCAGCAUUGUGUGUCUCUUCAUCAUCUGCAUUUUACCCUCUGCAUUCUCAGAUUUUCCCAUUGCGUUCUUCUUCUUUGGUGGAGAGAAAGAUGAAAAUCAGUUUCGCACAUCAGAAUUUUACCUCAUUCUUCAGUAUGUUGCCAACUUCUUGGUAUGGUGCAACCUUUCCCUAAACUUUGUUCUAUACUGUGCGUUCAAUGAAAAGUUUCGUCGUGUCAUGCGUCACAUGAUCAAAAGAUGGCUGAAAUUAGGCUGCAUCAAGCAAUCUUACAGACCCUUCAAGGUCAGCUUCAACAUCAAUGGCAUCACAAGGAAUAACAGUAGUCAGACCAACAGUUUAACACAACAAACAAAAUGUUCCAUGAGCAUGGGACCACAUGAGAUUUUAAAGUUGGAAAAGGUAGACAACUCUGUCAGUCAAACUACAGCUUUGUUUGACAAAAGUGAUGCUGACAACUAAAUUUGUUACUAAAUAUAAAAGUAUAAAGUUUCUUGUUGGCACAAAGUUCAAGUAGUCUAUGAAAUCUUAAAAUAUUUUUUAAAUUGUUACUAGCAUUUCCAUAUUGAUUUGACCUCAGCUGAUUGUAUAUGUCUAUAUGAUUUGACCUCACUUGCCUACAUCUAUAGUAAUGUAUUAUCAUUUUAUCUUAUAAAUAUAUUCAUGAUAUUACAGAUUAAACAAUUUUAAAAACCAUUUUACAAUCAAACAGCUUUAUUUAUGCUACAAAAAUUAGGGCAAUUUACUUAAUAUAUUUACUUAAGAUUAACACAUCAUUUACUGUGAAUGUAUAUAUUUAACAUGUUGUCGUCUUUAACUCUGUAACACUGAAAUGUUAUUUUACAUAGUUUUGUCUACCAUGAUAAUAUGAGACUGUGAAUGCACAAAAUGUAACAGAGGGAUACAUUUAUGUCACAUAAAUCACACUCUGCAAACAGUCUCUUUUAAUGCUUUUAGAAUAUUAAGUAUCUAAUGAGUAAUUUUUCACACAUUUCAUUGCAAGUCAGCUGUCUGUAAAGAAGCAGCCUUACCACUAAGCUUGAGUAUUUCUGAAAUUUUUGGCCAAAACUGUUUUUCACUAAAUGCUAAUGUAAAAUCCUUUCUUUAUCUGACUGCAAUACUGUCCAUAAUCUGGAUUCAUAAAGACCAAGCUUUGAAGAGAAUUGUCUGUUUCUGAUAUAUCAAGAAGUUUUAAUCCACUUUUUUAUUUUUUUUUUCAUCCUCUGAAAAUAGUCAUCAACAUUUACCUCUUUGAUUUGUGAAUAAUCUAUUUUAUAAUAUGUACUCUUAUUGUUACUCUGUUGUGAAAUCAUAUGUAUAUCCCGGUAUGUCAAAAUGAAUAAAAGAUUGUUACUGUGA